CCAUGUUCCCCAUGUCCCCCGUGUCCCUCACGCCCCGAUGUCCCCCGCAUUCCUGGUGUCCCCAAUGUCCCCUGUGUCCCUCGUACCCCGGUGUCCCUGGUGUCCCCCGUGUCCCUGCUGUCCCUAGCGUCCCUCACACCCCCCAUGUCCCUCACACCCCCCAUGUCCCCGGUGUCCCCGAUGUCCCUCGGGUCCCCAGUGUCCCCCGGGUCGCUGACGGUGUCGGGGUCCCCGCAGAGGCUGGAGGGCUCCCGGUGCCGGGGGCAGCUCCUCAUCUUCGGAGCCACCAACUGGGACCUGAUCGGCCGCAAAGAAGUGCCUAAGCAGCAGGUUGCGUAUCGGAAUCUGGGCCAGAACUUGUGGGGGCCGCACAGGUACGGGUGUCUCUCAGGAAUUCGGGUGCGGAGCGUGGUUUCGGGCCCCUGCGCUGCUCACAGCCUGCUCAUCACCGCCGAGGGCAAGCUCUGGAGUUGGGGCCGCAAUGAAAAAGGGCAGCUGGGCCACGGGGACACGAAGCGGGUGGAAGCCCCGAAGCUCAUCGAGGUGCUGGGGGGCGAAGCCAUCGUGCUGGCAGCCUGCGGCCGUAACCACACCCUGGCGCUGACAGAGAGCGGCUCGGUGUUCGCCUUCGGGGAGAACAAAAUGGGGCAGUUGGGGCUGGGGAACCAGACGGACGCCGUGCCCAGCCCUACGCAGAUCAUGUACAACGGGCAGCCCAUCACCAAACUGGCCUGCGGGGCCGAAUUCAGUAUGAUCAUGGAUUGCAAAGGAAACCUCUACUCCUUUGGGUGCCCCGAGUACGGGCAGCUGGGGCACAAUUCGGAUGGGAAAUUCAUCGCCCGGGCGCAGCGGAUAGAGUACGACUGCGAGCUGGUGCCGCGCCGCGUGGCCAUCUUCAUCGAGAAGACCAAAGAUGGGCAGAUCCUGCCCGUCCCCAACGUGGUGGUGCGGGACGUGGCGUGCGGGGCCAACCACACGCUCGUCCUGGACUCGCAGAAGCGCGUUUUCUCCUGGGGAUUUGGGGGUUACGGGCGGCUGGGCCACGCCGAGCAGAAGGACGAGAUGGUGCCUCGGCUGGUGAAGCUCUUCGACUUCCCGGGGCGCGGGGCGGUGCAGAUCUACGCCGGCUACACGUGCUCCUUCGCCGUCAGCGAAACAGGCGGUUUGUUUUUUUGGGGUGCCACCAACACCUCCCGGGAAUCCACCAUGUACCCCAAAGCCGUGCAGGACCUCUGCGGCUGGAAAAUCCGCAGCCUGGCCUGUGGGAAAAGCAGCAUCAUCGUGGCAGCGGAUGAGAGCACCAUCAGCUGGGGUCCCUCACCCACCUUUGGGGAACUGGGCUACGGGGACCACAAGCCCAAAUCCUCGACGGCUGCCCAAGAGGUGAAGACCCUGGAUGGGAUCUACACGGAGCAGGUGGCCAUGGGCUAUGCCCACUCGCUGGUGAUCGCCCGCGACGAGACCGACGCCGAAAAAGAGAAGCUCCGCAAGCUGCCCGAGUACAACCCCCGCACCAUCUGAGGGGCUGCCCCCCCCCCCGCCCCCCCCCACCGCCGGGAUCCCCCCGAAACGCCGCUUUUCCAAGCCAGCCGUGGUUUUAACUACCUGUUCUCCCAUUUCCAAAGCCUCGAGGGCGGGGGGUUUAUUGCCCUCCCCCCUUCCACGGCUUUUUGAGUUCCCAACCAUAGCAGGAUCUUUUAGAGGCUUCUUUUGAGGGGGGGCUGUGGGGGUGUGUAUUUUUUUAAUUAAUUUUAUUUGUAUUUUUCUGCAUCACUUUUUUUUUUUAUUUCCCCUUUUCCCAGCUACAAAUACCCCCAGCUGCAGGCUCGGGGUAAAUUUGGGGACCUGAAAAGCAGCUGCAAAACACCUCUUUGGUUUUUUUUUUUUUUUUUUUUUAGUCCGUCCCCCCGCCCCCAAUAUUCCCAUUUCUUUGGCGUUUUUCCCCCACUUCGGGUGCUAUCAUUCUGGGGGUUCCCCCGCCCCUCCAGCAUCCCUUUUCCCGGCGGGAUUCAGGAUAUGGAUGUCAUCCCACAUCCCCCCAAGGGCCAAACCCCCUCCCCAGCAUCAUUUUGGGGCUCCCCUCCCCGCUAUCCCAGCCCUCGCCCACCCCAGGGAGAUCUCAGGUAUGAAGAGGGGAGCCCUAAAGCAUCGCGUAAGCUUUUUCUUGGAAUUAUUCUUAAUUUGUUUUAAUUAUUAUUAAUUAUUUUCCACCUGGUAUCAGCCCAAAGUCCUUCCUACGCCGCUGUGCACUGUGCUGGAGAAACGAGGUGCCUUUUCGAGCAGAGCACAGCUCUGCCUCCACGCAACCCGAGGGUGAUUUUUUUUUUUUUGUAAUCCUUUUGAUUUUUGAAUUUGUAGGGGUUUAUUUUGAAUUUUUAAUAUUUUAAGUCCUUUCCUCUCUCCCUGAGGGGUCGCGCUGGGUGCUCGGGGGCGGCGUUUGCCACAGUCGCGCCCGUUUGGGGAGUUUUGCAGUAAAAAAAAAGGGGGUUUUUUCAUUUGUGUUGGGGUUGGGGUUUAUUUUGGGGUUUUUGGGGGGUGUGUUAGAGAUAAAAUAUCCAGGACGGGGAGAGCAGUGGGGCGAAAAGUCAAAUAUUCCGCUUUUUUAGCAAUAUUUGUUUUUUGAGGGUUGCGGUACGAGCGGAUGCCACAACCCCAGUAAAAGAGGGGGAGGAAAAAUCACCAAAAACCCACUUUUACCCCUCAAAAAAAAAGCAUAAUUUUGGUUCAUCCUGCCCGCCAGCAAAAUAUUUUUAGCCUGAUUGAACUUCUGCCCCUUCGGCCGCCCCUUCCCAGCUGCGGGCGGGAGAAGGAGGAGGCUCGAGGAAGAAAAUAAUCUUAAACCACAAGGAUCUCGGAACAACUCGUCCUGUAGCAGAGAGCGUCCUGGGUUAGUGCUGUAAUUGUCUUCAUGGUUUGUUUUUUUGUUUUGUUUUUUUUUUUUUUAUAAUUCUUGGAGUAAAUGUUUAAAUAAACAACGUCAUUGUGUACC